AUGGUUGACAUGAAGGUGACUGCCAAGAAGAGCAUCAACUUCUACAUGAACUCAGCGAAAGCAUUCUUCACGGGAGUUGUUGACACUGAGGGCAAAAAGCGCGAACCCGUCUGUGUUCUCAACAUCUCGGGUUUGGGUGAUGCCAUUAAUGUCGCCGCUCAGGCUGCUGGGGCCGUCGUCAAGGAGGGCCUCGCCACCAUCCAGAAGAUCGAGACUUCCUACCCUGCUCCGUCCCCAGCGCAUGCUGGCAAGAGGUUUCGACUCUUAAAGAAGUUCUUGGUGCAAGCUCGUACGUAA